CGCUCCCCCUCACGCAGCCGUUUGGCGGCGGGUUCGAUUCAAACGGUGGCGGAGCGGGAGGCGCGGCAGCCAUGGAGGGGGAGCAGUCCCGCAUCCCCGUGUACAGCGCGCUGCACCGCGCCGGGCCGCUCGCAGAAACACAAGUGGCUUUUCCUUCUAAGAAACAAUGCGUUGGCAAACCAGCUGAUAUAGAGUUCAGCAAAGAUCCCAAUUUUAACUUUGGCUCAAACAUUCCAGCUGAUGGUAUCUUCAAAGCUACAAACCAAGGGUUGCCUAAAUCUGCCAAGAAAGUGGAACCAGUUGCAAAGAAGACAACUACAAGGGGACCUCUCAACAGAUACAAACUAGAGGCAGAGCUGAAGACCAAGAAUCAGCUGUUAGAAACAGCCAAACAACAGCUACACUCCAGACUAACAGGAGCACAGGGUACCAUAAAGGAGUUAAAGGAGGAGAAUGAAGGCCUGCUAAAAGAAAUGGAGAAGCUCAAGAAGUUUCAGGAGACUUGCAUGGUGAUUUUAGAAAGCAGAAACAUUGAUCCUGUUACAGGCAGCAACAUUUUGAAGGAGGAAGAAAAGACACAAGAAUGCCAGAAGCAGACACAGCUGUUAACCGAGAAGCUCAUUGAAGAAUUGAGGCUAUUUAACCACACAGCUGGAAAAGAGGAGGAAGUGCUUCAGGCAACCAUGGCCAAGUGGAAAUCAGCUGAAGAAGAGCAUCGGCAGUCCCUGGAGAAGCAUUCCUCCUUCCAAGCAGAGUAUGAGGAGUGUUCAGCAAUACUGGAUGAGCUGGAGCGGCUCCUGACUCUGUGAGGCACAAGGACGGACUGUACCGAUUGUUGAUGUUUUUGUUCCUAGUUCAGUGGUGUGUGCAUUGCAAACCCAGCUCUGCUGUUUGGUGCUCUAAAGCAAGGAGCAGGGCCCUGCUCUGUGGAUGGACAGCACCUGGGGGGUGGGAUGGGGAGAGGGAGCUGGGGCAGAGCAGCCAGGGCUGGCUCCCUGUGUGUAGCUCCUUGUGUAUCCCACAUCUGCCAGGGCCUGGCUUGGACUCCCUUUGCCACCUGCCUUGCUGAGGGGUAUGGGCCUUGCCUGUGACUGGCACCUCUGUUCCCGUCUCUCUGCCUUUUGUAGCAAUUAGUGGUGUUUAACUGAUUAAAUGUGUUGGAAAGGUGUGCACGCACGCUGCCACCGCCCCGCAA